GUAGCCAGUGCUGACAACCCUGCUAAUCUAGGUACAAGAGGAUGCAAACCUCUGCAUCUCGCCACCACCACUCUAUGGUGGAAUGGCCCCAGAUGGUUAACAGAAUCUCCCGAUUCUUGGCCACAAUCGCUCAUGCGAAACAUAAUAGCCCCAGAAAGUCGAAAAAUCGACUCUUAUCUUGCAACACUGGAUGAUCCUGACAUCCUUUAACGAUUUUCAUCGUUCCCCCGGGCACUCAGAGUAGUCGCCUAUAUGCUCAAAUUCAUAGAGCGCCUCAAAUUGAAAGUCAAAGGAUUAACUUAUCCCUUAUGCGAUACAUUGACACACCAAGACCUACAAGAGGCAAAGGUCGCUCUUAUCACAUCUACACAAACGCGCUACUUCAGCCGCGACAUAUCCUUGCUAAAAGAAUCGAAGCCGAUUGAUAAAAGGAGCUCACUUUUAGUCCUAAACCCCUUUCUAGAUACGAAAGGUUUGCUUCGUGCGAAUGGUCGGCUUGCUAAUUCAAGUCUGACUUAUAAUGAACGCCAUCCUAUAAUUAUACCAGAAAAGUGUCCAUUUGCCACCUUAGUCAUCGCAUAUAUUCAUAUACUCAUGCUGCAUGCUGAACAUCGCCUCAUGCAACAUAUGGUUCGCCAAGAAUUCUACAUACCCCGACUUAAGCCCCAAAUAAAGAAGUGCAUUUUCAUGUGCAAGAUCUGCACUAUGCAUAAGCAGAAGAUGCGAACGCAGAUUAUGGCAGCACUUCCACCUGAACGCUGCAAUUUCGCUCUGCCUUUCACUACUACCGGUGUGGAUUUGGCUGGGCCUUUCCAAAUAAAGACGUCCAUGCUACGAUCACCCACGCUCAUGAAAGGCUAUGUGGCUGUCUUUGUCUGUUUCACGACAAAAGCAGUCCACCUUGAGCUAUGUACUAAUCUGACGACGGACGCUUUUCUCGCGGCAUUUGCUCGCUUCGUCGGACGACGUGGCUUCCCCUCAAAAAUCAUGAGCGAUAAUGGCAAAACGUUUAUUGGAGCUCAACGAGCGACAGAAAGACAAUUUGUGGAUUUUAUGAAACAAGUCUCACCCGAUAUUGUGCAAAAAUACGCUCCACAAGGUAUCAAUUGGCAGUUUAUUCCUCCAAGCGCUCCUCAUAUGGGUGGCCUAUGGGAAUCAGCUGUAAAAAGCUUCAAAUCUCAUUUUAAGAAGCUGGCUGGCAACUACAAAUUUAAUUAUGAAGAAUUCUCAACAUUGUUAACCAGAAUUGAAGCCGUUCUCAACUCACGGCCUCUCGCUGCACUCUCGCAAGAUCCCUCAGACUUUACUGCCCUCACCCCUGGGCAUUUUCUUAAAGGAGCGCCCAUCCUGGCCAUACCUGAGCCAGGCGUGGAGACGCUCUCCUUACAAAACAGAUGGGAAAGAACCAAAAUUCUCCAUCAUGAAUUAAGUCGCCGAUGGAAAGAAGAUUAUUUAAAGGACCUCCACAGAAGGUACCGAUGGAAAACAACACAAAAGGCGCCUCAGCUUGGGGAUUGUGUUUUGAUCAAUGAUGAUUGUCUUCCCCCCACAGAAUGGCGGCUUGGUCGCAUAGAGAAGCUUCACUACGGCUCCGACGGUCAUAUUCGCGUAGUCGAUCUGCGUACACAAACCGGAAUACUAACGAGACCGCUCGUUAAACUAUGCUUUUUGCCGACCGCCGAUAACAUCGAAACGUAAAAUCGCAACAAAUAAACCGCACAAAACUCAAAAAAACCGAACGAAAAUCAAUAAAUAACAAAAUAAUAAAUAAAUAACGAAAAUAAAUAAAUAAUGAAUAUCUGCUAACACCAACAAAGUGUCAUAAUUGAUCGAUCAUAUGACGAUCCACUCUUGCCACAUUCCGAGGCAUUCAUAUACAUGCCAGAAAUUUAUUAUAUUAAUAACUCUCUCCCAUGCAGAUUGAUAUGGACGCGGAUAUGCCUGCAGCACCAGUGCCAACUAUUCGUUCGGCCAUCACUGUGCCACGCACUGGUCCUACUCCAGCUCCCCGAAGCAGCACGGCGACACCGCAGCCAACCGUUCCAAGAAACACAACACGUUCCACUACGGAACGCCCCCCUCAACCGAAUGAAGCACCACGCAUACGAUGUCCUCUCUGUUGUUGUCCGCACCGCUUGUCCCACUGUCGCAUCUUUAAGGGGAUGCCACCUCCGCAACGUCAGCGGGUCGCCCAGGCCCAUGGUCAUUGCCUGAGUUGCCUCGCACCUACACACACAACACAGGAGUGUACGUCGGGCCAUCUGUGCCAAAUAUGUAUGCUUCCGCAUCACACGAUGCUGCACCGUACCACCCACCUCGAAGGCGGGCGACACCCUAUUCCACGUACCUGGAGGAGUAACGUACGAUUGCAGCGACAGCAGCAGCGAAACCGAGUAUCCCAUAUAGGGGAACACCGUUCUAGACACCGUCCCAACACCUCACAGACCCGACGUUACCCAGCUAGGUUACCAUCCCGCCGCCAAAGCGGCCUCAGCACCGUAGUAGCUACGUUGCAGCAACUCCAGCGAUUGCUAGGCUGAAUAUUCGCCUAGGGGGGCCGGGAUGGCUAAAUGAGUCUCAACAACACAACACGCACAACACAACACAACUAAUCACCCUGGACACACACCAUUUCCACAUGAAAGUACACAUCACUAACACGCUACAUUCACCACACUCACCACAUCACCACUUACCAUCCACAUCAUACAACACUCAAGAGCGCGCUACACAUCAAUACUACACACCGAUACACCACUACACACACAUACAUCAGCACGAUAAUAGCACGAACGAGGACACCACACCGGCCACAUAAUUUAAUACAAAAAGGGAUCGCAUAGGCGAUCUCCCCCUCUUUUUUUCGAUACGCCGUCGAGUACAAGUCGUCACGUGGCAUCGUUUUGAAUUAUAUUUGAAUUAUCCCUUCUAAUAAUUAUAUCAUUUGAGAAUUAAUUUAAAUCCGUUAAUAAAACUAUAAGUUUGAUCAAGUAAGAAUCUAUUCGGGAAGUGGAUAUUUGUUUUAUUUGGGAACAGGUGUGAGUGUAUAACCAAAAGGUGAGUGCGGGUCAAUAAACCGUCUACGAAGGAAGUGGUUUUAUUUAAAUGAUUAAAUAUUAGUAAACAGUAAAUACAAAAUUUAUCAAUUCUCAUCCAUAAUUUCAACAACUCUUACAUCAUCAUUAUCAGCAUUUUCAUCAUUAUUAUCAGGAUUUUCAUCAAAUUCUAAAACUGAAAACAUAGGUCUAUGGUAACUAUAGUAUGAAAUUAACAAUUUUGAUUUAAAUCUAUUUAUAUAUCUUGUGAAUACUGUAUCAAUAGUAGUUUUGUAUUUUGUUGUGCUAAGAUUGCGAUCAUUGGACCUCAUUAAAUCAAAUUCAUCAUAUAAAAAUUCAAUUAAUGAUUGAUUUUUGACAUCUGCAAAGUUUAUGUUGAAAUAUCCACUCAAAAUCAUAGGAUAAUGAUCAAAUCUUCUAUUAAUUUUCAUCAUAAAUAGUGCGGAAGCAGCUUUAGAAUAAAUGAAUAAAUUGAAUAGAGUUAAU